CUAUAUUAUUUUAAUACAACUUUGAUUUGUUUUGUAUUUUAUUAUUUCACGUAAUUGAACAUUAAUUAAAGUAAUUCAAUGUUACGAAUUUACAUCACUUUAUUAUCAUAACAUUUUUUUAUCGGCACAUUUUAUCACUCUAUAUUGAGCAAUGUAUUGUGGAUAUUUUUCACUGCAUAUUAAAUACAUUUCUCUUAAGUAUAGUAUUGUAUUUCUUUUAUAAGGAAAAGAAAAUAAAAGUUGAAUAUACUAAUAUGUACAUUUUUAAAUUAAUGAUGUUUAAGAUUAUCAGUAAAAAUAAUGUAAUUAAUUUUUCUGUAAAAAAGAUGAGAUCAAUUAGUAACUUUGUAAAAGUAGUUGAAGUUGGACCUCGAGAUGGAUUGCAAAAUGAAAGAAAUAUUGUCCCAACCAAAGUCAAAGUUAAGUUCAUUAAUAAACUAUCAGAAAGUGGAUUAAAGAAUAUAGAAGUUACCAGUUUUGUGUCUCCAAAAUGGGUUCCCCAAAUGGCAGACAAUGCAGAGGUGUACAAAAAUAUUAAUAAGAAACCAGAUAUUUCUUAUCCAGCAUUGGUACCAAACAUAAAAGGUUUGAAAGCUGCAUUGGAAGUAAAUGUAAAAGAAAUAGCUAUCUUUUUGGCUGCAUCUGAAACUUUUUCAAGGAAGAACAUCAACUGUUCCAUUGAUGAUAGUAUGAAAAAAGCUAGAGCAGUUAUUGAAGAAGCCUUAAAGUAUGAUAUUAAAGUCAGAGGAUAUAUAUCAUGUAUCAUUGGUUGUCCUUACGAAGGUCAAAUUCAAGCAACAGUUGUAGCCAAUUUAGCUACAUUCAUGUUACAAUGUGGAUGCUAUGAAAUUUCUUUAGGAGAUACUAUUGGUGUAGGAUCACCUAAUAAAAUAAAGAAUGUAUUACAUGAAUUGAGAUAUGUAUCAAAUGACAUGCAUGAAUUUGCAAUUCAUUGUCAUGAUACUUACGGACAGGCGCUAGUAAACAUUUAUGCUAGCCUUGAACAUGGAAUAAGAAUUUUUGACUCAUCUGUAGCUGGUCUAGGAGGUUGUCCAUAUGCAGUUGGAGCCUCUGGAAAUGUUGCUACGGAAGAUUUACUCUAUCUUUUACAUGGACAAGGUUUAGAAACUGGAAUAAAUCUUAAUGAAAUAGUAAAAAUAGGAGAAUUUAUCAGUAGUCAGCUUCAAAGACAAAAUCAAUCCAAAGCAGGUAUUGCGGUUCUAGCAAAAAAAUGUUAAGACUGUAACUGUUUUAAUAAUACUUUGAAAAAAAAAAUAGCAGAAUAACAAAGAAUAUGAAUCUGUGAAAAAAAGCAUGGAUAGUAAUGGGAGGAUUCUAUCGUAUACUUAUUAAAUUUUAAUGAUCUUUUUUAAUCUUGUAUACACAAUCCAUAGAAAUAUGGCGCAACGAUCGAACACACUACGAUGUGUUACUUUCGUAACUAGCUAUACGUUCUUUGUGAUAUUAAGAACAUACAUAUAAAGCUGAUUUUAUUAAAAAAAAUACAUUAUAAUACAUGACAACAGAA